GCGGAGCCAGCAGGCACCGGGCCCCCGGGGCGGGGCGACAGGCACCGGGCCCCCCCAGGCGGGGCGACGGGCAUCGGGCCCCCAGGCAGCAGCAGGCACCGGGCCACCGGGGCGGGGCGACAGGCACCGGGCCCACGGGCGGGGCGACAGGUCUCGGGCCCCCAGGCGGAGCGGCGGGCGCCGGACCCAGGCGGAGCGAGCGACAGGUCUCGGGCCCCCAGGCGGAGCGGCGGGCGCCGGACCCCCAGGCGGAGCGCGACAGGUCUCGGGCCCCCAGGCGGAGCGACAGGUCUCAGGCCCCCAGGCGGGCAGCGACAGUCUCAGGCCCCCAGGCGGAGCGACAGGUCU